AUGUCCGACUCAGAGAGCGAAAACGAACAGAGACUCACACUCGAGGACCUCGAGGGUUCCGAUACCGAGAUGCUCUCGGGCGACGAGGACGGUCCCAUGGAUAUCUUGACCCAGCAGCGUGUCACCAUCAACAACGAGCCUGCAUUGAAGCGUCUCCGUGAACAGAUCGCUCUCCCCACCAACAUCCCCUGGUCCGAGACCCAAUCAAUCACCUCUACACAAGCCAUCAGCGUCACCGACCCCGACGACGACCUCAACCGCGAGGUCGCCUUCUACAACCAAGCCCUCGAGGCUGCAGUGCAGGGACGGGACAGGAUAAGAAAGGAAGGUGGCGUCUUUGAGCGGCCCUCGGAUUACUUUGCAGAGAUGAUCAAGACGGACGAUCAUAUGGCCAAGAUCCGUCAACGUCUUUUGGAUGAGAAUGCGUCGAUCGAGGCUAGUGAGCGGGCCAAGUCACAGAGGGAGUUGAAGAAGUUUGGAAAGAAGGUUCAGACGGAGAAGCGUCUUGAGAGAGAGAAGUCCAAGGCUGAUGCUUUGGAUAAGAUCACUGCCCUGAAGAAGAAGCGCCAGGGUAACGACAACUCAACAAACGCAGACGACGAUUUCGAUGUGGCAUUGGCCAGCGAUGACGACGAGAUGAAGUCAUACAAGACAGGCGACGGCGAGUCCAAGAAGCGCUCCUCCAGCUCCACACAGGAAUCACGCGGCAAGCGACACAAGAAGGAUCAAAAGUUUGGUUUCGGAGGCAAGAAGCGUUUCGGGAAGUCAAACGACGCCAACAGUUCGGCCGAUGUCUCUGGAUUCAGUGUCAAGCGCAACAAGUCAACCUCUUUCAAGUCUGGACAUAAGGCCCAUAAGGCUGGAGGCGCCAAGGGUGGUGCUGCCAAACAGAGGCCAGGAAAGGGACGUCGUCAGAACAGCUCCGGCAGGAAAUAA